AUGACGACCACAAGACAUGGAAGUUGGCUUACUCUAGUGGUGCUGUUUGUGACCUGGACUGGAGGUUGCGCAGCCUCAAACCUAGACUGCUGUGAAGGCGAUCUCGCUGCCUACGUACCAUCCCUGACUUGCUGGACGGCCUGUUCUUUCCGCCGCGUCCCGGCACUAUUGCCUCCAAACCUGAUAGGCUUGCGGAUAGAGCAACAGGAUAUCGCGAACAUCAAAGUAGGUGAUUUUCCCCGACACAAUGUUUUAGAGAGGCUGUAUAUCAAGGAAAGUAACGUUGUGGCGCUACAACCAGGGGCUUUUGUAGACUUGUCGUCCGUGUAUGCACUAGAUCUGGGUCAGAACAAGAUAAGGCGAUUGGAGGCAGAAACUUUCAAGGGUCUGGGCCGGCUAGUUUAUUUAAACUUGGAUCAUAACCAGAUCCACCACAUCAACAGAAAAGCUUUUGUCGGGAUUGUCAGUAUACGAAGACUGCAUCUAGCUUGGAACUGCCUUUCCAGCGUUCCUCAAGGGAUUCGGUCAACUGUGAAGUUAUCGGUCCGGCUGGCAGGUAACCCUAUCACAUCGAUUCCAGAUGUUGAUGAACUACGCCACAUCGACAGUCUAUAUUUGCCUACAGCCGAGGGGACUGAGUUGCAGUGUGACUGCAAGCUGAGGAAAAUCAAGAGAUGGCUUCGAGAAUAUUCGAGAUGGAACAUCAGAUGCGUGGUCAAUGCAACUGUACAGUAUGUCCCGCGUGUGGAUUGGGAGGAUCUCAGGUGUGCCUCACCUGACGUGUCCGUUACGUUAGACACCCGUGCCUCCACAGACACUUUCACCUGCCAGACAGACUGCCAGGAAGGUGUGACGUUCGCAUGGAUCACACCGAGUGGAGACUACAGACCACCGAGCUACGAGUACUCUAAGAACUACACGCAUGUCAGCAACUCGUCUUGUAAAGGCUCGCCUGUCACACACCUGGAAACCAGGAGGAUGUGUUACUCCGCGUUGAGCGUCCCUGGGGCUGGUGGCGAUGUAGAGGGUACCUACACGUGUCUGGUCACAGCUGACCAUACGGACAACGCAAGCGCAUCCGCCGUACUGACCGUCAGUAGUGGCACCAUGGAGAAAAGUACCACCAGAGCGUACAGCCAAGAGCUUCAGACAACAGCCAGGGUCGUCACACCGCCCGAUAAAGGUGAUAUAACAAUGGAAAUGUACAAACGUGUUGAAGAGGAGACAGCAAAUCGCCCGGACCUUGACCUGUCCACUACUCAGCUUGUGCUGGUCGGACUGGGCUCUUUCUGCGGAUGUACCGUUAUUGUCGUGGUGCUAGCUACUUGUGUGAGCUGGUGUCACGGUAAAGAAGCCCGUCAGGCGGACAGAGCCAACAGAGGAAGGGCCGCUCGAGACGGGCACAAUGGAACCGAUGACAGGGGCGGUCACUAUGAAAAUGAUGACCAGUUUUCUGACAGGAAUGGCGACUCGAGAAACCAUUACGAAAAUGAUAGCCAGUUUCCAGACACAGACGGGGCAAGGAACGCACAAUACGAAAACGACGGCGAGUUUUCAGACACGAACGAAGACUCGGAAAGCCAUUAUGAGAACGACAAUGAGUUUUCAGACACUGAAGGAGCUAAAGGGGGACACUACGAAAACGAAGACCAGUUCUCAGACACCGGAGGAAAUAGAGAAGCACACUAUGAGAAUGACGACCAAUUCUCCGAUGAUGGUCCGAGUAAGAACUCACAGAUGACUGCCCCAGGGCAGCAGGCCAGCGACGCACCAGCAAGAACAUCCUCCGCUGCGAGAGCCAAAAGGAAGAGGCAUCGUCACAACAAGAGGGGCUUGGUUAAAUCAAGAGCAACGUCAAGCAACAAACCUGCUGCGGCAGCUUCAAAUAUUGUUGUUUUCCAUGCUGAGGUACACGCAAGUGGACACUACGACAACGAGAGUAAAGACGGGGGACAAAACUCCAGUGACAGCAACGCUAGGACAGCCUCAGCCAAUGGGGUAUCUGGCGACAAAGAACAGUCUGGACACUAUGACAACGACAAGACUGCUAAGGGUUCUGCCGAUAAAACUGAUGAGGACAGUGACUCAUCAGAUCAUGACUAUAUGUCGUUACCAGAGAACAAAGUAGAAGGGAGAGAGGUAGGACAGAAAGAUCCUGUCUCCCCUUCUGCAAGUGCUGCUGAAGUAUCAGAGAAUGAGUAUGUGACGCUUCCCGGUACGGAAAAUGACGGCGAGAACUCCGACCAAACUUAUGUGACGCUUCCCGGUACGGAAAAUGACGGCGAGAACUCCGACCACACUUAUGUGACGCUUCCCGGUACGGAAUAUGACGGCGAGAACUCCGACCACACUUAUGUGACGCUUCCUGGUACGGAAAAUGCUGGCGAGAACUCCAACCAUACCUAUAAUAUGACGAUUCCUAGUACGGAAAAUGCUGGCGAGAACUCUGACCACACCUAUAAUGUGACGAUUCCUGUGACAGAAAAUCCUGUAGAUGACACUGAUCACGUUUAUGUGACUGUUCCUGACAAUGCUGAUAAACAGCAAGGCGAAACGGAUGUGGAAGAAAAGAACAAGCGUCAGAUGUAG